UCCCAUGUGCUUCCCACCCUUGCAACACCCUUCAGUAAGACCACACUGUGUUCUCUCUCUUUCUGUCUUGGAGUCCACUUAAACCUCAUAACAACUGGGAUAAAAAGAAACACUGCAACUAAGAAAACCCUUUGGAGCAUGCUUCACCAGCGCUGCCUUUGAGAAAACAGCAUUUAUCUUUUAAAACAAUCUACAUAAAAGUCAACUCGCACUCAGCUCUUAACAAGAGAACCUUAUUUCACAUUUCAAAAGAAAAAAGAAAUUAAAGCAUAAUGGAACUCCAGAAACUAACAAAUGGACACCACCAAGACUUUCAACAACUUGAUGAGGGAGAGUCAGCUGAGCGAGAAGAGUUUCUACCACACAAGAGUGAUGGAGGAAAACCACCUCAGUUUACAGAUUUUGAAGGAAAGACCUCAUUUGGGAUGUCUGUCUUUAACCUCAGCAAUGCCAUCAUGGGAAGUGGGAUUCUGGGAUUGUCCUAUGCCAUGUCCAACACUGGUAUCAUCCUUUUCCUGAUCUUGCUGACUUGCAUAGCUGUCAUGUCAUCAUACUCUAUCCAUCUUCUGCUAAAGAGUGCAGGAGUUGUAGGCAUUCGCGCCUAUGAACAACUUGGUAAACGAGCAUUUGGACACCCAGGGAAAAUUUUGGCAGCUGUUGUCAUAACCAUGCACAACAUUGGUGCAAUGUCUAGCUACCUCUUCAUUGUGAAGUAUGAGUUACCUCUGGUUAUUCAGGCUUUCCUUGGUCUUCACCACAGCAGUGGUGAGUGGUUCCUGAACGGCAACUAUCUGAUCAUCAUUGUGUCUGUUUGUAUCAUCUUGCCUCUGGCUUUGAUGAAACAACUUGGGUACCUGGGCUACACUAGUGGCUUCUCUCUCACCUGUAUGGUCUUCUUCCUGAGCUCAGUCAUCUAUAAGAAGUUUAACAUCCCUUGUCCAUUUGACAGUUUCAGUAACCACACCGUAAACAACAUAACUAUUGAUGGCGAAUGUGAAGCCAAAUACUUCACUAUUAACCAGCAAACGGCCUACACGGUUCCAAUUCUGGCUUUUGCUUUUGUAUGCCACCCCGAGGUGCUGCCGAUCUACACCGAACUGCGCAACCCCACAAAGAGACGCAUGCAGGGCAUUGCCAACGUGUCCAUCCUGGGGAUGUUUGUCAUGUAUCUGCUCACUGCCAUCUUUGGCUACCUCACCUUUUAUUUGAACACAGAGGCAGAACUUCUGCACACCUACAGUAAGGUGGAUCCUUUGGACACCCUUAUUCUGUGUGUGCGUGUGGCUGUGCUGGUGGCCGUCACAUUAACCGUUCCAGUUGUUCUCUUCCCGAUUCGUAGAGCUCUUCUUCAGCUUCUGUUCCCUGAUAAACCCUUCAACUGGGUGCGUCACAUCCUCAUUGCCAUAUGUUUGCUCUUCGUUGUAAACCUGCUUGUCAUUUUCGUGCCUAACAUUCGUGACAUCUUCGGCAUCAUUGGUGCAACCUCUGCUCCGAGCUUAAUCUUCAUCCUCCCAGGUCUGUUUUACAUCCGUAUCGUUUCCACUGAGCAAGAGCCAAUGAACUCGAGGCCAAAGAUUCAAGCUGCUUGCUUCACCGCUCUGGGCUUCAUCUUCAUGAGCAUGAGCUUGACGUUCAUCGCGCUGGACUGGAUCUACGGGGAGAACAGAAGUGGAGGAGGCCACUAAACUUCAACUAGAAAACUGUAAGGGUCCAAACAGCCUGCUUAGAAGAACACCACCUCCCCUUCGCUCCUAAACAUGAGAGAAGGCCAUCACUGAUAGGCUGGACCCAGCUCACCUCAGAUGUUUUGUCCCACUGAGUUAGGAAAGAUUAGGUGGAGGAUUUCCGGGGGACGUGCCAUAUCAUUUUGAGGUUGUGAUCCCGCACACGGUCGAUUCUCCUAAUGCGCUUCUUAUCGAUAACUGCAUUGUCGGUGGAAGCCCCCCAAAAGCUUUAGCAUUGUGCAGAACAACUGGCUUUAACAUACAGCAGAAUCCAAAAAUAAAUGAACAGAGAGGUUUAUCUUAUUCUUUGAUGGGGGAAACUAUAGUUCCUCACUACGCCUCUUCCAAAACAUCACCUGUUCUGUUGCCCCAUCAAACACAGGCCAUGGUCCCAGAGUGCAAUAAUAAGGGAAAAAAACUGCUACAGUUUUCCUGAAACAAUUCUGGUCCACUACAAUACAAUACAGUAAGGAAAAAAUCUACACCAUCUCAGAGCUGCUUUGAUAAAUGCUGCAGAACCUGAAAUGAAUCUGUAAGGAUCUUUUAUAUCCAUUGCAAUACAUAUUGCAAUUUAAAUUAUGAAAUUGAUGGGAAAACUUGAUCCUAAAAUAUUGUGUGAUAUCAACAUCGCAACUUGAACGAUAAAAACCGACAAUCAGCUUUAUACCUAAGAUUUUGUUACAUUUAUUUGUUAGAUGUGAGGUACGUGGAGUUGCUGUAUUUUCAUUGUGCAGUGGGGUGGAAUGCCAUCUAUGGAGGAACAGAUGGAUAUUUAUAAACUCCACUCGAAGAGGUGCUUUAUUAUAAUGCUGUGAUUGACAAACCCUAACCUGUGAAUUCAUUCAUUAAUGUGAUUUUUUCCAUCACAGUUUCCCAGAAGCAACAAGGCUUAAAUAAUAGUUGUACUUUUUCUGAUCAAUUGAUGACAAGUAAAACGUCCCCGGAAACGUAAAAAUAUCUUAAGAUCUAAUAGAGAGAGAGAAUUUUAGAAAAAGAUUUGUUUUUUUAUUUUUUUUACUAUUAUAUAUUUUAAGUUUUGUCCCAUGCAUCAAUCAAUUUUUUUUUAACUUUGAACUAUAAAAACAAUGACUGUGCAUGUCAUAAAAUGACAGUUUUUUCAUCUUGGUCUUCUGUAGACUGUUAAACAAUGCAAUGUCUGUUGAAAGUCAUUUCAAGGCACAUCUACUCACUGUGUGCAGCUCAGGCCAUUGCUAAAACAAUACAGAAUGGCGAUUCCCCUCCCAGAAUCCUGCAAUAUAUAUUUAUUCUGUUUUAUGAAAAUAAACACACAGUAUUUCAAUUAUUCUGUGUUUGGUAGUAAAAAACACACAGGUGCCAAAUUUCAAGCGGUUAAAGAUUUACAGUCCCAAUGUUGGACAAAUACUCCAAAGACAGUCAGCAGUUAAAUAA